AUGUCGUCGGGGUCGGCGUUGUCGACACCGCCGUCAAGCAUCGAGGACGAUGAGGACUGGCUUUCGAUGCCCAUGUCGAGCCGACAGGCGGCCGAUCUGCUCGGGGUGGUAGACAGCAACAACGGCAGCGGGACUAAAAGAAAGCGGCCAGCAGCUAAAAAAAAGAGCCCGAGACAGGUGGCUCGAGAUGCGCUGAAUAGUGCUGUGAACGGUGAGGAGUUUCGACUCACUCCCGAGCCGACUGCUAAGAAAACUCCAAGGAAACCUCGAAUGAAAGUGGCGUCUUCCUCAGAAGAUGCUGAUUUUGAAGAAGACAACUCUGAGGUUACAAGGCCGAGAUCAGCUAGAUCUAGGAGAAAGCCACGAAUCGUCGAAGCCAGUGACAACGACAACGAUGAUGAGGAUGAUGACGAUGAAGAGUACAAAGAGAAGAGCGAUAAUUCAGCAGAUUCUGAAGAAGAAGUAGUCAAGGAAGAGGAGAUUGACGAGUUGCAAGGUGAAGAUGACAAUGUAGAAACGGCGGCAGUGGUUCCUGCACCACGUCGUCGACAACGUCGUGGAGGAAAACGAGAGCCUCGAGCACCAAAGUUACCCCGGCAUGUGGUCAUGUAUAACAGGUUAAACGAGGGUCUUCAUGAGUUCCACCCAGAACUGAAAACCAUUUUCGAAGACAUGAAAAACCGACCGGAAAUUAAACCCGAACAAAUCCCCCAGCCAGAAGGUAUGGCAUGCGAGUUACUACCGUUUCAAAGGGAAGGUCUAAACUGGCUCAUCAAGCAAGAGCAAGGAAUGUAUAAAGGAGGAAUCUUGGCAGAUGAGAUGGGAAUGGGUAAGACCAUUCAGACAGUAGCUUUGCUGAUGACGGAUCCUAGUGAUGCUCCUCCAACCCUCGUAGUAGCACCCACAGUUGCUUUGAUGCAGUGGAAGCACGAAAUUGACUUGCACACCCAGGGCAAGCUAUCAGUGUUACUCUACCAUGGUCAAAAUCGUAGCUCGGAUGAGAGUGUCAUUCAACAACAUAGAAUUGUUCUAACCACAUAUGCGGUUUUGGAGUCAGUGUUUCGUAGACAGGUACUCGGAUUUACUCGUAAGGGUAGCGAAAAAAAAGUCCGGCAAAAGUCCCCAUUGCACCAAAUCCAUUGGAACCGGAUAGUUUUGGACGAAGCGCACAAUAUCAAAGACCGCCAGUCCAACACCGCCAGAGCCGUGUUUAAUAUGAAAGCCAACUAUCGAUUGUGCUUGUCUGGUACGCCGUUGCAAAAUAGAAUAGGAGAGAUUUACUCACUCAUGCGAUUCUUGGGUAUCGAACCGUUUUCCAAAUACUAUUGCUCGAAAUGUGAUUGUGAAAGUCAUACGUGGAACUUUGGUAGUAGUUAUCACUGUGAGAUCUGUAACCAUGUGGUGAUGCAUCAUGUUAACUUUUUUAAUCAUUCGCUUUUAAAACACAUUCAAAGAUACGGAUUUAAGGACGAAGGAGGGGUGGCCAUGGGCAGGUUGAGGAGUGUUUUGAGUCAAAUUAUGCUUAGAAGAACUAAAAUGGAGCGUGCCGACGAUCUUGGACUGCCGCCACGGGUGGUAGAAAUCCGACGUGACUACUUUAAUGAAGAAGAGAAAGAUUUAUAUUCAUCGGUAUACUCUGAGUCGAAUCGCAAGUUCAACACAUAUGUGGCAGCCAAUGUGGUUCUUAACAACUAUGCUAAUAUUUUCACUCUGAUUACAAGAAUGCGACAAAUAUCCGACCACCCGGAUCUUGUUCUGAGACGAACCAUUGGCAAUAGCGAAGACGCAGAUGCCAUCAACCGUCUUGUUUGUAAGAUCUGUGAUGAUGAAGCUGAGGAGGCUAUCCAGUCCAAAUGUCAUCACACGUUCUGCCGUCUGUGUAUCAAGGAAUACGUCGAGGGAUGGACCGGUGACCAGUCAGAGCUCGAAUGUCCUGUGUGUCACUUGCAACUGACUAUUGAUCUCACGGCGCCAGCAAUUCAAGCUGAUGAGAGUCUAGUCAAAAAGGGUAGUAUUGUCAACAGAAUCAACAUGACUGGCGGUUGGCGAAGUUCCACGAAAAUCGAGGCUCUAGUGGAAGAACUUUAUAAAUUACGCAGUGACCGUCAGACAAUCAAGUCGAUUGUUUUCAGUCAGUUCACGAGUAUGCUUGAUUUAGUGGAAUGGAGACUCAAGAGAGCGGGAUUCCAAACUGUCAAACUACAAGGAAGUAUGUCACCCACUCAAAGAGAUAAUAUUAUCCGUCAUUUCAUGGAAACGCCUUCGGUAGAAGUGUUUCUGGUUUCCUUGAAAGCAGGAGGUGUUGCGCUCAACCUGUGUGAAGCUUCACAAGUGUUUAUUCUCGACCCCUGGUGGAACCCGUCUGUAGAAUGGCAAAGUGGAGACCGUGUGCACCGUAUUGGCCAGCACCGUCCCGUCAAGAUCACCCGUCUGGUCAUUGAAGACAGUAUCGAGUCGCGUAUCAUCGAGCUCCAAGAAAAGAAGGCCCAGAUGAUCCAAGCUACCAUCGAGUCCGACGACGGGGCCAUGAACAAGUUGACCCCCGCCGACAUGCAAUUCUUGUUCCAGAACUAG